AUGCAGUUCUCUACUGUAGCUUACCUCGUUGGCGCCAUCCUCAGCGCUCCUCUAGCUCUCGUCAAUGCUGGACCCAUUCCAGAGCCUUCGCUUGAGACACGAGACCCGGAGACCUAUUGCUGUGUUCCCGGUUGUUACUGGUGCGCUGUAGGCGACUGUCUUCAUGGCGGUUGUAAUGGAUUUUAUGGCAGCUGUUGUGCCGUAGGAUUCCGCAAAGUGGACGAGGAUGGAAACCUCCAGAUCUUUAAUACCAAUGGCCAACAGAUGAGAUUCGUCGACAAUUUGCAUCAGCUCAAUAUCUCCGCUGAUUCCACAGGUCAAGCGGAGUAA